ACAGUGUUACUUUUCGCAUUUAGUAAAAAUCAUCCCAGCGAGAGGAAAAAACCGCUGAAAUUUCUGCGAAAUACCCCAAAAAUUUCCAUAUCCACCCAUACAGGAAGUAGUAGUGUAUCCAGAGGGCAUAAUGUCAGAUGUACAGACACUCCUGGACAUGGGAUUCACCCGGGAGAGGAUUGAACGAGCCCUUGCAGUGACGAACCACAAAGGAGUGGAACCUGCAAUGGAGUGGCUCCUUGCCCAUGCUGACGAUGAUCUUCCGAGUGAAGUUGUGACAACCGGUACAUCUGGAGAGGUGCCCGAGCAACCUCCAGCAGGUGCUGCAGGUGUUCCAGAGACUCAGCCAACGACAGAAGAGCAGAGUAAGGAAGAUGAAGUGGCGAAAUCCAUAAAAUGUGAUGAAUGUGGCCGACAAUUCCGUUCCUCGGUCGAAGUUGAGUAUCAUGCUGUUAAGUCUGGACAUUCGAGCUUCUCUGAAUCGACAGAAGAGAAGAAACCUCUGACGGAGGAAGAGAAAAAAGCACAACUUGCACAGCUGGAAGAGAAACUCCGAUUGAAGCGCAUGGAAAGGGAGGAAAAGGAAAAACAAGAAGCACUAGACAAGGAAAAGGUUCGUAUUCAAUCUGGAAAAGAUCUCCUUGAGGCACGUCGUAAGUUGGAGGAUAUCGAAAUGGCUAAGAUAAUUGAAACGCGCAAACGAGAAAAGAUUGAGGAGAAAUUAGCCAAGGAGAGAGUUAGGGCACAAAUUGCCGCAGACAAAGAAGCCAGGAAGGCAAAAAUGGCUGGUGAAACUGGAGCUGCUCUUGCUGAACGUGCUGCUGAACCAGUAACACAGCAAGCUACACCAUCAUCCUCCACAUCUGUGAGUAAUCCACAGAAGAAGUACUCUAGCACAAAGAUCCAAAUCCGUUUGCCUGAUGGAAGUUCCGUGGUGGAAACAUUCGAUGCCAAGGAGCAACUCUCAGCUGUGCGUCUCUUCAUUCAGCUCAAGCAGGGAAUGGAGGUGCCCUUCCGUCUCAUGACUAACUUCCCGCGCAAGGUGUUCGAUGAGGAGGAUUUUGAAAAACCACUGGAAGUACUCGGUAAGUUAUUUCCUUUUUAUUUAUUCAAUCUCACUACAAAUGACUACGCCCACUGAUGGCAUCCCGGACAAGUUUAACGGCAUAUUUAGCAGUGCCUGGAGAUGUUGUGACCCCUGAUGCUCCAUGGCCGUAGUUGUGAAUCACACGCAUGGGUUUUCCGUAGGAAGUUUCCAAGAAUUCCACUUCAACACGAACUGGAUCCCGAUGGGGUCGCAAUCCCACUGAUUCGCGAAUAACCGGAGCACCCCGGAGACUUGGGAGAAGGUCUUGGCACCGUUCACGUAUAGACGUUGAAUCAUACUUGCAAAUGUUAAGGUUGAAGGAAUCAAACUGACGCGUUCCUCCGAGAGUAACCCCUUCAAACCCGGGUAUAAUGUAUGUAUCGUAGUCUCCGUAGAAGGCUGUCUUCACCCAUGGUGCCUUGACCUUGAUGAUUUGACCUCGAAUGGGUACCAAUUUAUUGUCUCCAAGAAGCCGUUUGGAUCCCAAUCCCGUACAGUUGAACACCAAGUCAAAGUCCUUUUCUAGCUCCUUCAAAUUUUUCACAUAUUGCGUCACGAAGCUCCCGCCAUUCUCGCGAAAUUUCUUCUCAGCCCAUGGUUGGAAUGUUCGAAAUUCCGUCAGGAGUGUUGAGAAGAAUGAUCCGUACUUCCAAUCACCGGGGCAGAGCUUCAAUUCUGCCUCCGUAGUACGACGAUACAUUGGUAGGAUCUUCUCAAUGCGAUAAUUGCGCACAAUUUCAGGACUAAUUGAUGAGAACAUGUACCCUGAGAGACUGCAAAUGCCCACCUUGGCACUACCUUCCUUUUUUCGCAGUCCAUCCCAAUGGGCGUAGGCAUCCUCAAUCCACUGCUGUGUAAUUUUCUCAUUGGGACCAGCAAAGGAGUUUGCUGGACGGAAAAUUCCAGCUGCAACAGCCGAAGUUGUGUCCGUUGACCAUUUUUCUGCCACAAUUGUCACUCGUGCAUCUCGGAAUUGGCUCUGCAGCUCCAAUGCUGUAGUGAGCCCCACAACACCACCACCCAAAAUUCCAAAAUGCAUCUUGACCGUGUACGAUAGAGAUCACAAGACGAAUGUUACUGCCGGGCAAAAAUUGUAAUCUUUUAGCCAAUAAGUAAUAAGACAAUUCAGAUAUGGGGGUAUAUUGUGCGGGAUGCGGAGAUGCUCAAUUGGUGUGAUAAGAGCUUUCGGGUGAGAAAGCCAGACAACACACUCAUCAAAAUGCUCACAGGCGUGUACUCUGGGAAAAACUGAUUAUUCGUUUAAUUAUUUGAUGAGCUUAAAACAAAAUCCCCAAAAUUAUGAGCUUAAAGUUAUUCUGAAAUAUAUUUUUAGGUCUUGUUCCAUCUUCUGUUGUGAUCGUCAUGAAAAAUUGAGGAGCUCUUCUACUUCAACUACAAGACAUGGUAUUGUUAAUGAUAUCCCCCAACUUGAAUUCAAAGUAAUAAUGUAAUAUUAUAUAGGACUUUUGGUAAUAAAUAAAUAUAAUAUCAACAAGAA